CAUUUAGCUAAGCUGUUUUAGAUUUAUAUUUUUUCAGUUAUAAAUAUAUAAAAUGGAUAAAUAUGUGAUAAAGAUACCACGAGAUCCAUCAGAAGGUCAGACACCUGUCAUAAAAAAGGUUACUCCAAAAUUUCGACAAACAACUAUUGAAUCUCUGAAGCGCGUUGUAGUGGUAGAAGAAAUGAUACAUGUUAAAAAUAUACUUUCGAUGCCUGAACAAACUAUUGAUCAAUUAGUAUCCUGUCUUACGAACCUUGAAAAUCGUAUUCCAUCAAAAGAGGUUUUACUUGAAACAAAGUUAGGACAUGUAAUCAAUAAGCUAAGAAAACAUGAAGCUGAAGAAGUUCAACAGUUGGCGCAGAAAGUAUUACAAAAAUGGAAGCAAUUUUAUAAAAACAUUAAUGCUCGACAGCCUAUUGAAGUUAAGAGUGAUAAGAAAACAUUUUUGUUUCGUGCUAAAGCAAAAAGUUUGAUAGCGUCUGGCUUAAAAACAGAGCUUAAUAACUCGCUCGUCGAUGUUAUUGAAGGUACUGUGUACUUAACGACCGGACGAUCAUUGCAGUCAGAUUAUAGAAAAGCUAUACGAACUUUGCAUUUUCACUUAAAAAACAAUAAGGAGAUAAGAGAAGAUGUCCUCAAUAAACGCAUAUCUCCUCAACAAAUCUGUAAAAAAUUAAACGUUAAAGUGUGAAUAUUACGGAGACUAAUACAGUCAAUACUACGAAUACACUAGACAUUCUUAAGAGUAAUUAAUUAAUGUAUUCAUGAGCGAAAAGUUACAUAACAAAAUUUUA